AUGGCCUCGAGCUUGCCCAUCCCAGCGCCUCCUCGCACACCGACCCCGCCCACACCAAUCCCAGAGGAGCCAGAGAUGGGGAUCGGGAUGGGAGAUCGCACGGUGCACUCGACGCUUUCGUGGAACCUCAAUUCAUUGUCACCAAUGUCUGGACAUUUUGGAUCAAUGGCAUCACCACUCCCAUCGCCUGCCAGCAGCCUCACCACUCCGUCAAUGGCUACCUUCAACACCAACACCAACACCAACACCAAUGGAAGUGGGAAUGGCAAUGGCAACAGCAAUGGCAGUACUAGCACAAAUGGAGGAGGGCCCCCUCAACCAGGGACGCGGAACCCUUUUAACUUCCAAACGCAAACCAUCAGCGAUAGUCCCGCGGUCGCAAAAUCAGUAGGCCAAACACCACAAACGGCGCGCAAUGCUGGCAUUGGCGGUCAGCCGCGCAUCAGAAUCUAUGCUAACAGACGCAAAAAGAAUAUUGGCCAGCGAAGAGGCCACAGAUACAAACACAGUAGUGUUUCCGCCCAACACCAAAUCUUCCUCGAGCCACCUCCGCGUGCGCCUCUCGCUCUCCCGGCUUCCCUCCCGAUUCCAACAUUCAAGGAGGCAUGGCACAGUAUGUCAAAAGAACAAACUACGAGGAUUGUGUGGUGUGCAUGUCAUGCCUUGAUUGCGGCAUAUGUGUUGCAUUCAUCCGGGGGCUCACUUGCGCUCACAGCACUCUCCCACCUCAUUUUCUUUGACGCUGUUUCUGCGACGAUAUGUGUGGUGGUAGACGUAUUCUGCAAUUUUGAAGUCUGGAAACGUUCUUCAAUUCGACAUCCCUUCGGUUUACAACGAGCAGAAGUCCUCGCCGGAUUCGCCAUGUCCGUCUUCCUACUUUUCAUGUCCUUCGACCUAAUAUCGCACAAUCUAAAACACGUCCUCGAAUCCGUUGGUCACCACACUCCUCAUCACCCUCAUGCCCACUCGAGAAUAUCCCCAGGAAGUGUCGAUUCCGCCGCUCUCCUCUCUAUAAUCGCGACGCUUAUUUCCGCCCUAGGACUAAAAAACCACGCCAGAAUAGGAAGAGCAAUGCGCUUCGCCUACAUUUCCUCCCUCCCCUCCGUCCUCUCUAAUCCCUCCCACUUCCUAACCCUCUCCUGCUCAGCAAUCAUGUUCCUCCUCCCUCUCCUCUCCGUAAAAAUGUACCUCUGGCUGGACCGCCUCCUCUGCUCCAUUAUCUCCAUCUCCAUGUUCUUCCUCGGCACCCGUCUCGCCGUCACUCAAGGCCUCAUGCUCCUCAUGUCCUACUCAGGAAAAGGCGUGAAAGAGGUGAUGCGGGAAAUCAGCCGAGAUCCAUGUAUUUGCUCCGUAGAAGAAGCACGAUUUUGGCAGGUCCAUUUCAGGCUUUGCAUGGCUAAUGUCAAACUGGUGGUUCGAGGGGACGAGAUACAAGUACAGAAGCUGAGGGAGCGGAUCACGAUGCUUAUCAAGAAUAGGUUAGGGGGUGAAUAUGGCAGGGGAGGGGGAUUGGAGUGGGAGGUUACUGUUCAGUGUGCGUUGGAAGGUGCUCGGUCUUGA